UUUCACUUUCUAGUUCACCUUUUCUAACAUCCUAAAUACAAGAACACAAGAUGAGUCAACUUGUGACCCUUGCAACUUGUUCGCUCAAUCAAUUUGCUUUAGACUUCGAAGGAAAUGCCCGUCGUAUCCUUGAGAGUAUCAGGCAGGCAAAAGCUGCUGGUGCGUCUCUCCGUAUCGGUCCCGAGCUAGAAAUCACUGGAUAUGGAUGUCUGGAUCAUUUUCUCGAGGCCGAUACUACCACGCAAGCCUGGGAGGCUUUAGCUAUGAUCCUCGCCAAUCCGGUAUGCGAGGACAUACUCAUCGAUAUCGGAAUGCCUGUUUGGCAUAAGAACGUCCUGUACAAUUGCCGUAUCAUUUCAUACAACAAGGAGAUACUUCUCAUCCGACCAAAGCUGCACCUUGCAAAUGAUGGUAACUAUAGAGAAAUGCGAUACUUCACACCGUGGAAAGGUGAGACCAUCGUUGAAGAUUUCUACUUGCCGCCGGCCAUCGAAAAAUUGACUGCGGGUCAGAGGAAAUGCAGGAUUGGAGAUGCAUUGAUCCAAACAAGAGAUACCUGCCUAGGUACGGAGACUUGUGAGGAGCUCUUUACUCCUCGAAGCCCAGGCUCAGGCGCUGGACUAGACGGAUGUGAGAUCAUCUCCAAUUCAUCUGGGUCUCAUCACGAACUCCGAAAAUUGAAUACCCGAGUGGAUCUGAUUCGACAAGAAACUCUAAGAAGUGGUGGGAUUUAUUUAUACAGCAACCAACAAGGUUGCGAUGGUGAUCGUCUCUACUAUGAUGGCUCUGCCAUGAUCAUCGUUAAUGGUCGGAUUGUGGCUCAAGGAUCACAAUUCAGCUUAUCGGAUGUCGAGGUCGUUACAGCAACUGUUGACCUAGAGGAUGUGCGUAGCUAUCGUUCCAUCAAAAGCCGAGCCAUGCAAGCAAGUCAUCAGAAAGCCUACGAACGAGUCGAGGUGGAACUUCGUCUCUCAAAUGAUUCAGAUGACUUCGACUUUGAUCUGAAGCCAUCUCCUGAGAUCUCUGCCAAGUUCUUACUCCCAGAAGAAGAGAUCGCCUACGGACCUGCAUGUUGGCUUUGGGACUAUUUGAGGAGAAGCAACCAAGCGGGGUUCUUCUUACCCUUGAGUGGCGGUAUUGACUCGUGCGCGACUGCUAUUCUAGUCCAUUCGAUGUGCAGACUUGUCUUCAAGGAUGCCGUGGAAAAGAAAGAUCCACAGGUCCUCAAGGACUUGUUACGGAUUGCUGGAGAACCUGCGACAAGCUCAUGGCGACCCAAGAACCCGCAAGAGAUUGCCACAAAAAUCUUCCACACUGCCUAUCUUGGCAUGGAAACCAAUUCCUCGGCAGACACUCGAAGUAGAGCCAAGGAGUUGGCUUCGGAUCUGGGGUCCUAUCAUCUAGACUUGAACAUUGACACUUGCUAUAAUGCAGUCGUCGCUCUUUUUACCACUGUUACUAACUUCGUUCCUAAGUACAAAAUGUAUGGAGGGACUCCAGCUACCAAUCUAGCCUUGCAGAACAUCCAGGCUCGUCUUCGAAUGGUGCUUAGUUAUCUAUUUGCUCAGCUUCUCCCAACCGUGAGAGGUCGUAAUGCCAAGAAUCCAGACAACAGCAACCCAGGUGGCUUGCUUGUGUUGGGAUCAGCGAACGUGGAUGAAUCGCUCAGAGGAUAUUUGACCAAGUAUGACUGCAGCUCAGCUGACAUUAAUCCAAUUGGAGGCAUUUCCAAGACCGAUCUCAAGCGGUUUAUCUUGUGGUCGAGCACAAAUUUCCAGCUUCCAAUCCUGCAGUCAUUCAUCGAUGCGCCACCAACAGCUGAGCUCGAACCUAUCACAGCCGACUACACCCAAAGCGACGAAGCCGACAUGUCGAUGUCAUACGCCGAACUUUCGGUUUACGGCACUCUCCGCAAGACGUACAAGCUUGGCCCGUAUUCCAUGUGGUCUCGAUUGACACACCAAUGGGGCGAUAAAUUGAGUCCCCAACAAGUCUACGAAAAAGUACGAACCUUCUUCUGGUUCUACGGCAUCAACAGACAUAAGAUGACGACCAUCACUCCUAGUUACCAUGCGGAGAACUAUUCUCCAGAUGAUAACAGGUUUGAUUUGCGGCCGUUCUUGUAUCCGGGCUGGGAUUGGGCGUGGAAGAAAGUCGAGGGUCGAUUGGCGGCUAUGGGAGAGCGGGCUACGCAGAUUCCGCAGCAUGCUGAGGAUGAGAAUAAGAAGAGUGUUUGAGAGGCGUGGAUAGAGCAACAGGUCUAGAGCGGGGUAGAUUUAGCUCGAUGAAAUAAAGUCAGAU